AUCGCUAGUUAUUUCUUCAGCCAGAAGCCAUUUAAUGGAGUCAAUGUUCUGACAAGACAAAAUUCUUUUUUUCUCUUUAUAAGUGUUUAAUAUUAAUUUAAAAUCGUAUAAGACUUAACUGUAAGUACGUACAAGAACUUAAAGAUGACGGAAAUGCUUACUACAUCUGCUAAUAAAGCAGAUUACUUGGCACAGUUAUUGAAAGAUAAGAAACAAAUUUCAGCCUUUCCUAAUGUCUUUAUGCAUUUGGAAAGAAUUCUUGAUGAAGAAAUUGGUAAAGUUCGAAGUUCUUUAUUCCAAAAUAAUGGAAACAAAAAAGAACCAUUAUUAUUACCAGAUCCUGAAGGACCAGUAAUUUCACUUUCUGAAAAGAUUUAUGUUCCUAUCAAAGAGCAUCCUGAUUAUAAUUUUGUGGGCCGUAUUUUGGGACCUCGUGGAAUGACUGCUAAACAGUUGGAAUUGGAAACUGGGUGCAAAAUAAUGGUGAGGGGUCGUGGCUCCAUGAGAGAUAAAAAGAAAGAAGAACAAAACAGAGGAAAAUCAAAUUGGGAGCAUCUCAGUGAAGACUUGCAUGUUUUAAUUACAGUAGAAGAUACGGCUGCUCGAGCAGCUCUUAGAAUUGAACGAGCAACAGAAGAAAUUAAAAAGUUACUUAUUCCAGUGAUGGAUGGAGAAGAUGAAUUGAAGAAGAGACAACUCAUGGAAUUGGCUAUAAUAAAUGGUACUUAUCGAGAUAGCAGUUCAAAAACAGGCAAAGCUGACACUCCUCAUCUAAUGGCACCUCCGAUUGCCAUCUCUGCACCUCUCCGAACUCCUGGAAAUCCCUUGGGAGCACCAUUAAUCUUAUCUCCACGUCUUCCAAUGGCUGGUGCCACACUACUCAAUGGAAGUGGACCACCUCCACUCAUUACUCCUACAGAUGCAGGAUUACUUUAUGCUCCAUAUGCAGAUUAUCAUCAGUAUGCGGCAUUAGCAGCAUCUCCACUUUUGGCAGAUUUUGCUGCUGAACAUUCAUCAAGUGGUGCAGUGGCUAAACAAAGGCGUCAUUUGGCUAUACGAGACCAUCCCUACCAAAGGGCUGGAUCUCUCUCUUAAAUUCAUCCAAGACUUCAUCAUCACAUGAUCACCGCCGUGAGCUCCAAGAGUACUAACCUGUUGACUACUGACGUUCGUGUGCCAAUUUAUCAGUUCUGAUCCUCGUGUCAUCCUGGAAAACACUUUUUCUGUCAUCGUGAACAGGAAAGUGUAGAGCUGCCAUCUUUUGUUACUGCCAGGUAAAACAAAAUCAAAAACAAGUAACCCAAGCACAGUUUUUCUGACUAAUUUUUAAAGUGGAAAAAAAAAAUUAACUUUUUUUCAAUUUUUUGGUUAGUGAAGUUUUCUAGAUGGUGAUGUAUUGUUUUAGAUGAAGUGUAUAUUGUACCUGAAUAUUAUUCUCUGUGACUUAGAAAUUAAGGGCAGCUCCCUUGUGUAGUUCUGUUUAGGUUGUUUUAUUUU